AUGGACCAACAGCCCAAUUCGGCAUACACCCGUUUCCCAGAAUCGAGUAGAUUCAGAAGCUCGAAAGCAAACUCCGAGGAUGAUUUUGAGGAUGAUCUCGAAGAUGAUCUCGAGGAUGAUUUACAAUGGCUUGAGCAAGAUUCACACGGAUAUUAUGACCAGUUGGCAUCCGACUCCCAAAGUCGGUAUGAUCUUCUCAACGAUAACAUGGAUGAGUAUCGCCACGACAGCGCUCCAAGAUCACAAUCGCCUGGGCGAGGAUCCGCCUACAGUACACAUACCGCCUCACGCUCUCGUCCGCAAUCGCGUCAGCGUGAUCCAACCAUACGCAUCAAUCUUCCACCUUUACCGUUCUUCCCUCGAGUCUUUCGUGCUCUGGAGGCAAUAUUUACUUCGGACUGGGCUGUACCUCUGCUUCUCACUGCACUGACUCUCUGGAUAUGGGAGGUUCCUAGCGCGGCGCUGUUCUGGAAUCCCGCUGCUGGUCUGCCAUCACUCUCCGAUAAUUUGACCGGCCCCGUCAAAGGCAUCCCUGGAAGCCUUGGGGCGGGUUUGAAGCACCAGAUGUGCAAAAUAUCUGGCAUGUCAACCCUGCUGCAUUGCCCUCGACCAGAGAAACAAACCAAAGCGAAGCCAAAAAGGUGGAAACCAAGGAAAGAAAAACCUGUGUAUCCAAACAAAUGGACCCAGGUAUACUUCUCCAUAAAUGACCAGCGCCGCGACAUGGUUUCCUCUGGCAUUGACCUUGAGUAUGAGACCGGCAGGGGAGUCAUGAAUCACAUGUCACGCCUAUGGGCCAACUUGGAUCAACAAAACGUCUACUACAAAUUAUACGACGCAUCGAUGCAGCGACAAUGUAAAGCACGACUGUCAGCAUACAACAAGCUUCCAGCGCAAAUCCGGUUCGGCUUCUUAUAUGGAAGUGAUUGGGAAGAGUUCAUGUAUGACCUCCAGUACAGCUAUACAGACGCGAUUGAAAGAUUUACCCAGAUCUCCGCUUCCUUCGUGGGUGUCAGGGAAAAGACAGAUGAGCUCCUCAAAGCCGUUCGACAAAUGUUGGCUACAGGGCGGCGUAAGCAUGUCCCCAAACGAUCAAGUUUGUCUAGCGAUAUGAAGAAUUUGUUCCGCCAUCCGGAGGAGAGGCAAGAAGAAGAUGAUGACGAAGUGGAUGUUGAAGACCACGACUGGGUGGUGAAUCUGGAAGAAAUGCAAUCUUUGCUUGUAGAACUCCAGAGAACACACAAUUACGUCCUCGAAAAGAUGGUCGAGAUGAAGCUUCACAUCAGCACCAACAUCGAGUUGUCAAAACAGGAAGCUGCUACGGGCAAGAGACCGGCAUUCUUGGAGCCAAUCAUGGCAAGUUUACGGAAGGAAGUCAAGGGAUCAGGAUAUCCAAGGCUUCCAACAUUGACUGAUGUACCACGAACGGGUGAUUGA